GCGGGGCGCAGGCACCGGCGAUCAGCGGCGGGGCUCGGGCGGCGGGCAGUGGGCGCAGCUCCCCGGUGCCCGCCCCUCCGCUGCGGGGGGGGGGGGCGCGAGCGGGCGGCCGGGGAGGGGCCGGCACCGCCGCCGCAAAAUGAGCCUGCUGUCGGCCAUCGACACGAGCGCCGCUUCGGUGUACCAGCCCGCGCAGCUGCUCAACUGGGUCUACCUGUCGCUGCAGGACACGCACCAGGCGAGCGCCUUCGAUGCCUUUCGGCCCGAGCCGCCCGCCGGCGCCGCGCCCCCAGAGCUGGCCUUCGGGAAGGGCCGCCCGGAGCAGCUGGGCUCGCCCCUGCACUCGAGCUAUCUCAACAGCUUCUUCCAGCUGCAGCGCGGAGAGGCGCUGAGCAGCAGCGUGUACAAGAGCGCCUCGCCCUACGGCUCCCUCAACAACAUCGCCGAUGGCCUCAGCUCCCUCACCGAGCACUUCUCGGACCUGACCCUCACCUCGGAGACCCGCAAGCCCAGCAAGCGCCCCCCCCCCAACUACCUGUGCCACCUGUGCUUCAACAAAGGACACUACAUCAAGGACUGUCCCCAGGCACGCCCCAAAGGCGAGGGUCUGACCCCAUACCAGGGCAAAAAGCGCUGUUUCGGCGAGUACAAGUGUCCCAAGUGCAAGAGAAAAUGGAUGAGCGGGAACUCUUGGGCCAACAUGGGGCAGGAGUGCAUUAAGUGCCACAUCAACGUGUACCCUCACAAGCAGAGACCCCUGGAGAAGCCCGACGGCCUGGAUGUGUCCGACCAGAGCAAGGAGCAUCCCCAGCACCUUUGUGAGAAGUGCAAGGUGCUGGGUUACUACUGCCGCCGGGUGCAGUGAGCCGCCCGCCCGCCCGCCCACCCACUGGAGGAGACGCCCCUCCCCGUGUCUCUCCAAGGUGCCAAGUGUCCUCGUGCGCGUGGGGGCAGCCUCGCAGCCUUACGUGCCCGGGCAGGGCUGUCUUAGGUUCUUGUCUCGUGUGUGUCGACAAACAGUGUUACGGACGUGGCUGCCCCCCGCAGAAAGCCAGGUCUCUGGGACUCUCUGCAGGUGGGCCUGAGGUUGGGGGUGGAGGGGACAAGGUGAGCAGAGGGCAGCACACAGGACCCUGUAAAGUCCUUGGUGUCCCCUGCCACCGUCUUCCUCUGAGACUCCCUUUGGGGUGAGCAGCCUUGUGUUGGCCACAAGUGCACUAAAUGUACUGUGAAUCCCAAAGCCUGCAGGGGACUGUCGCCCCAAGACGAGUCAGGCCUCCUUCUCUGCCCGGAACCUUCCUGUUUGCCCUGUGCACAAAGCCACUCUCAGAGUGCCCUAGGUUUCUGUCCUGUUUGAGUCAGCAGUCCUGGCGGGUUGACACCUGUUCUAGCAGCUGCUGGGGAGCAGGAUCUCUGCCCCCUGCCCGCCGUGAGCCCCAGACCCCACUGCCUGUGCCAUCGUUAGCUUCGCCGACCCUAGACCCAGAGGGCAGGGACUGGGAGGCGCUGAAUGUCAGACAGCGUUCCACGGUGGGACCCGGGGCCCAUCAGACGACACCCUUCGCCCCCCGACCCCCCCACGCACACACCUUUCCCUCUCGGGAUUGGAUUUUGUGCUCGGAUUUCAUCAGGCCCAUUCCCUGUCUUUCUCCUUCACCUCCGCCCACACUGGGGUCCCCCCACCCCGACUAAGGCCGUGGGGCUGGGCGAGGAAGGCACUCUGGCAGGACAGACAUGGGCCCCGUGGGCCAGAGACCUAGGUUCCGGUGCUGGCCUGGCUGCUGUACGCUUCGAAGCCUCCAGAAGGCCGUCCCACCUCCGGGCCUCAGCGUGGCCACUGGCUAAGUGGGAGCAGCUCUGGAGGGUGCAGGCCCACUUCAGCCCCCAUGUUGUGGGAUUCCCGUGGCGCCCUGUUUGGACAGGCCACACUGCACACCGUCAUCCCGUCGGUCACUGAGGACAGAGCCAAGGGGUGCUGGUCCUCCCCAGUCACUGCCUGUAACCCCGCCCUGCCCGGUGCCACCCACCCCUGCAAAAAUGAGGGAUCCCCCCCUCACAUAGGGCAACCCCGACGUAAGCUACACCACCUCUUGUUUCUAAAAUGGGGACAACGAUUUCCUACCUCCCAAGGGAGCGGGGAGACCCUGCACAAGUCACGUGGGUCCGGGAGACCCUGUCCCAGCCCCGAGGAUCACGCUCGCCUCUCUCCUCUCUCCCCCGCCAGCAGCCCUAGGUUUAUUGUCCCAUGGUCCUUCCUUCCUCCUGGGGAGAGGGAGAGAGCCGGCUGUCGGGACUGGGUCACUUGAUUCUGCCCCAACCUCAUGCCUCUGUGGGGGGGGGGGAGUUAGACCAUGAAAUGGACCUGAAUUCAGUGUUUACCACGGCUCAAGGUCACCCAGCUGGGGCCGUCGCCUUUUGUUUUCAAAUGAAAAUGCUGUGUCGGACUGAGGAGUUACCGUGAAGUGUUAACCUGGUCCCGGAGCAAGUUGAAGAGAUGGAGGGAGUGCGUUUGCAGGGGGCGGGGGGGGGGGCGGGGGGCGGUGCAGGGGAGACUUCAGGGGGCCCUGCCCUCUGAGCACUAGACAAGGAGCCCGAGCCCCACGGCCGCCUCCGCGCAGCCCACGGGAGCAGAAUGCCCAUGCCCAGCAACCGGCUCCCCCCCGGGAGUGCCCCCGAGGAAUCCCUCCCAGCUGUCCCCUGCCCCCCCUCUGUCCUGGCCCCGGGCUCUCUGUCCCCGGGAAGCUGUCACUGUCCGUCAUCCUAGCGCGGCUAACAGU